UGGCAAUCGAGCUCAAGGUCGAAGACCGUCGCGUAUGAGGGUGGGCGUGUUGUGACGCGGCGGCCGCUAGCAGGGGUGCGCACGUGCCAGCCCGGUGAACGAUGGACGAUGGACGAUUCGCGCAUACACUUUUGACAUUGUUCAGCGAUAAUUCAUCUGCUGUACCCGCCUCACCGGAACCAUCAUGGGCUGGCUCUGGAGCAGCAGUAACGAGUCGGACAAGCUCGAUCCCUCCUUGCGCGACUUCCUGAAGAAAGAGUCGCCAACAGGCCCAAAGCCCGCCCUGCCCACCGCGCCUAAAGAGCAGCCUGUGCAGUCUACACCAGCGCCUGCGCCGCCUACACAAGCACCCGCCGAGUCCGAGAAACCCUUCAUUCCGCCUCAAUCGCAGUUCCAGGACGGUCGCUAUGCACACCUUUGGAAGGGCUACGUACCGCAAGACGUCCUCCUAGAGCGAGGAAAGAAUGAGCAGGACAAGCUGAAGGACCUCGUCGAUGCCUACAACGGCCGCAAUGCUUCAAUCGCACAGGUUGCAAUAGAGAACUGCGCCAUCGAACAAAUAGAGCAGUUCGAGUGCUUCAGGAAUCCCAAGCAAUGGUUUACGCUAGGUGGGCUGUGCAAUGCGGAGUCGAGGAAAUUCAACCGCUGCUACGACAUGCAGUCGAAGUUUCUCAGGGCACUUGGAUACUUGACAAUUGAGGCGCGCACACCAGAUCAGGACGAGAAGAUCCAGAUGCACGCCGACAAGCUUUACCAACAGAUGCUCCGGCAAGAGGCGGAGAUCGAGAAGGCAGAGAAAGAGGGCCGCGAACCACCCAAGUUUGAGAGCGUUCUGUCCAAGGCCAACAUCGCGCGAGCCAUGGCCGGUAAACAGACCACCAUCACACCUUUGGCUGCAAAAGGCAGCGCCGAGCUCGAAACGGAAGAAGAGAUUUGGUCUCUGAUCAAUCCCGAGGCGCGCAAGCAGUACCAAGAUACCAUCGCUAGGCUACCACCGAAGGAUCAGGAAAUCGAACGUAUGGCGAUCUUGGGCGAGCUCAAGGCACAGCAGGGCAUGACCAAGCAGAUUGAAAAGACUUUCAUCGAAGAACGCGUGCAACGCAUGAAGAGGAAGGAAGCAGGACAAGCCACAAUAGGGGAUACCAUCAAGAGCUGGUGGGGCUGGGGCUGAGAGCAAACAAACGUAUUGUACGUAUUGUGUAUAACUAAGUGUAAUACGGUCCUUGUGUUGACACGACAAGUCUGUUCCACUCAGUGUGUUUCCCUGCUCGUGCGAUGAACCAAGCCUGACAUUUCAAGUCUUGCUUGUGUCUCGUAACGGUUCUUCUUCCCCAAGUCAGCUCUUGCAACUCGGUGUCUGCGAUACAUCUUCCAUGGUUAUUGAAAGCCAUUCUUCUAGGUCAAGGCUCAUAGACACGAGAAGGCCUGACCCUGCUAAAUCCAUUACCGGCACCAAUUUGGGGGCUUCUCAUCGCCGGUAAGUUCAGAUACGCAAGGUGGCACCAAUAGCCUGGGGUGGAAUCAACCGUGACGACGCACUAAGAAUUUAUUCAUCCCACUACGUCAUCUCACUCGACUCCACGCCUCAACACCCACCGCAUUAUCUGUCGGGACGCGGUUUCACCGACUCGCCGAUUCGGAGACCAC